UGUUUUUCAUUUUCGUCUUUUAUGAUGUUCUCAUUAUUAUUAGUAGUAGUAUUAUUAUUAUUAUUAUUUUCCUCUUCUUAUUAUUAUUUUCCAUUUUUCUCUUUUCCCUCUCCCUCAGUUUGUGUUGAUUUCGAUCGUCUUCCAGUCGAUCCAGCAUCAUCCCGGCAGCGCAGGACGAUCGAAUGACUUACAGCAACGCGAUCGGUCCCAACAGUUCAUAG